AUGCAAGUCAAUUACCCAAACAAGUUGCCAUCGACAUAUUGGGACCCAGUGCAUUUGAACUACCCGGUCAGAAAGUUUCCAGAAACCGGCACAUCUAGUGAAGUUAUAGGAAGAUAUUGGAGAAAUCAGCCCGAUGUACUGCACGAAGUAAAAACACCAAUAGAAGAAGCCUUAAAUUAUUGUAGAGACUACAAUGUUAACAAUACUCUAUCGCGGACGCAAAGAACAGUAGACUUUGGAUAUAAAAUACCAGAAACAGAAAGAAUUAACAAGCACACGUCAUGCUAUGAAAAUCUUUACAUAUAUCCACCCAGCAAAAAGCUGGCAGAUCGGACACCCGCCUCAAAAGCGCAUGGUACUACUGAAAUGAAAAGUUCAUACACUGUACCUACUAUUGCAUCCAGAUUGGUUACGGAUAAGAAUCAAUUUAAACAUCCGGCAUCAUUACCACUACCGGCAGAAGAUACAUUUAUUGAAGAGAUAGAGCCUCUAGACACGACGCACGAAGGCUUUGAAAAAUAUUUAGACCCGUAUCUAUCAACAAACCGGCUGCACCAUCGGCCUUACACGGCUGACCAAUUAGCAAGACCCUCAAACUCAAAGGAUGUUAUAACAUUUUACACUUAUGCAAAUGUUCCAUGGAUUAGAUCGCCAAAACCAAGCUGCCAAAAUUUUCGUCUACCAUUAAGCAAAGCCAAAUCUGUUUAUGACAGGGAAAAGUUUAAACAAGGUUUUCGGGAAAUUAGGACACAUAAUAAACCAAACUGGGUACCGAGAACAUUUCAAACUGAAGUUAGAGACAACUACGUGGCACAGACGUCACGACCCGAAACGCAAAUACACAACUUCGAAGAGGAAGUACUGCUAACAGUCUAUUAUGAAAGCAAAUGCCCCGACAGCAAAUCAUUUAUACUGAAGCAGUUAGAACCAACGAUGCAGCACCUUCAGGAUCAAAUAAAAUUGAUUUUUGUGCCCUUUGGAAAAUCGAGGAGUAUAAAUUACGGUGACGAAGGGUUCGAAUGUCAACAUGGCCCAACAGAAUGCCUAGGCAACAUUGUGCAAGACUGCAGUCUGCAUCUUUUAAACGGACGAAGCGAUAAAGAAAAGUUGGCAUAUGUGGCAUGCGAAAUGGAUACCGAAGCUGGAUCGCAAGGAAGAUAUGACUGCGUUGAAAACGCAAAAUUAUCUUCAGCCGAAGUAGAACAUUGCGUGUAUUCGGGCAAAGGCACGGUGUUGCAGCUUGCGUCUGAGUACUACACAAACUUGGUGACCCCGAAGUUUGUCCCCACAGUUACCCUUAACGGAGUAUUCGAUCAAGCAUUCCAAGACAAGGCGCAAGAAGAUUUAUUCGGUGGUCUCUGCUCAGUUAUUCCGGAAACUCCGCCUUGUGCUCGAUACUAUAACUACCUUGCCUUAAACCACCUUUUAUACGUACAAUGAAAUAAAAUUUCAACGUAGUAUACGUCAUGAGGUUG